AAGGUGUAAGCGGAAAUCACGCGACAUCUCUUGUUAGCUCUGGGUUUGGGUGGUGAACUGAGUGAAAAGCUGCGGGUACACUGACUCUCAGAUGUUUUAGGAUGGCGGAGGAGCAUUACCUGGAGCUGAGCGAGAACCCGGUCCAGUUUGAGCAUGCAUCCAGCGUCAACAACGUUUUCUUUGACGAGGCUAACAAGCAGGUGUUUGCGGUGCGUUCAGGUGGAGCCACAGGUGUGGUGGUCAAAGGGCCGGAUGACAAGAGCAGCGUCGCUUUCAGGAUGGAUGACAAAGGUGAGGUGAAGUGCAUCAAGUUCUCCAUUGGGAAUAAGAUCCUGGCUGUGCAGAGAACUUCCAAGUCUGUGACGAGGAACGCCAGCAUCCUGGGCUUCUGCUGGACCAGCUGGAACGAGGUCGUCUUCAUAACUGACCAGGGAGUCGAGUUCUACCAGGUGUUUCCUGACAAGCGGAGCCUGAAGCUGCUGAAGAGUCAGAGCAUCAACGUGAACUGGUACCAGUACUGUCCAGAGACGGCCGUCAUCCUGCUGUCCACCACAGUGCAGGGGAACGUGCUGCAGCCGCUCGCCUUCAAGAACGGAAAUGUGUCCAAGAUGUCAAAGUUUGAGAUUGAGCUGCCGGUCGUCCCCAAACCCGCCAAGCUGAGCCUGUCAGAGCGGGACGUCGCCAUGGCGACCAUUUACGGGCAGCUGUACGUCAUGUACCUCAAGCAUCACUCCAGGACGGCCAACAGUCCCAGCGCCGAGGUGGUUCUGUACCAUUUACCCAGGGACGGUCCGUGCAGGAAGAGUCACGUGCUGAAGCUGAACACCACGGGGAAGUUUGCUCUGAACAUUGUGGAUAACCUGGUUGUGGUUCAUCACCAGAGCUCUCAGACGUCGCUGAUCUUCGACAUCAGGCUGAAGGAGCCAGACUGCUCGGUCAACUCGCACCAGCCGGUGCUGCCGGCCCGCUCCAUUCACCCCUACAGGAUCCCUCUGUCAAGCUCGGCGGUUGUCCCCUCACAGCCCCCUGUGCCGUGUCAGCUCUACUCCUCCUCCUGGAGCGUCUUCCAGCCUGACAUCAUCAUCAGUGCCAGUGAAGGUUACCUGUGGUACCUGCAGGUGAAGCUUCCUCCAACCGUCAAGCUGCUGCAGGACAAAGGGAAGCUGAUGGACUUCCUGCUGCGCCGGAGAGACUGCAAGAUGGUGAUCCUGUCUGUGUGCUCGCAAAUUCUGGAGGGCAGCGAGAAGGCGGGACUUCCUGUGGUGGCGACUGUCUUCGACAAACUCAACCAGGUGUACAAAGAGUACCUGGAGGCGGAGCAGAGCUACACGGCGGCCGUGGAGUCGGGCCCGAGUCGGGGCGGCGCCGCCCAGAAACGCCCGGUCAGGACUCAGGCGGUCAUCGACCAAUCAGACAUGUACACGCAUGUGCUGUCAUCGUUCUCCGAGAGGAAGGGCGUGUCCCAUAAAUUCAUCAUUGCUGUGCUGAUGGAGUACAUCCGCUCGCUGAACCAGUACCAGAUCACAGUCCAGCAUUACCUGUACGAGCUGGUCAUCAAGACGCUGGUCCACCACAACCUCUUCUACAUGCUGCACCAGUUCCUGCAGUACCACGUCCUCAACGACUCCAAACCGCUGGCCUGUCUGCUUCUGUCUCUGGAGAGCACCUAUCCUCCAGCUCACCAGCUGUCCCUGGACAUGCUGAAGCGUCUGUCCACGGCCAACGAUGAGAUCGUGGAGGUUCUGCUGUCCAAGCAGCAGGUUCUGGGAGCACUCCGGUUCAUCCGCAGCGUCGGAGCACACGACAAUGUGUCGGCCCGGAAGUUUCUUGAUGCGGCUCGGCAGACCGGAGACCAGAUGCUGUUCUACACCGUGUUCCGGUCCUUCCAGCAGAGGAACCAGAGACUCAGAGGAAGCCCCGCCUUCAAUCCAGGAGAGCACUGUGAGGAGCACGUGGUCCACUUCAAGCAGCUGUUUGGGGAGCAGGCGCUGAUGAAGGCCUCCACCGUGUGAAGGUCAAAGCUCCUCUGAGGCCACGCCCCCUCCAAAAAACAUAAACCUGUUCUGUUGGUGUCAGCAGUCCAGACUUUGAGGGACCUGCCCGGCUAAAGUCUCCUGGAAAAUUGGUCUGUAAGCUCCACCCACCAGUGGUGACAUCAGACAGAAGUGCACUGAUACAGUAAAGAUGGUUCUGUUGGUCCAAAGUGUGGAUUUUGUAAAAUAAAGAGAAAUCUUUUUUUUUUAUGAA